CCAAUGAUUAGACGUCAUCCAUUUGACAACUUGAAUAAGAUAACAAUAUUGUUUAGUUUGUUUACUAAGCUUAUUAGUAUAUUUCUGUUAAAUUGUUUUAACUUAGUUGUCGUGAAAACUUUUAUUGGUUAAAAUGGGUUUAUCAUCAAGUUCUCUUGAAAUUCCUGGUGGUGGUAAAGAAGGAUACCAUGUUCUUAGAGUUCAGGAAGGAUCACCUGGAGCUGAUGCUGGCUUGCAAGCAUAUUUUGAUUUCAUUGUGUCCAUCGGUAAUACACGUCUUAACCAAAACAAUGAAACCUUAAAAGAAAUACUGAAAGUAAAUACUAAUCAAACGAUCAAGAUGGCUGUUUUUAAUAGCAAAACUGGCCGGAUUAGACAAGUUGAUAUUAGACCAAGCAAUGAUUGGAAUGGAACUGGUUUAAUCGGAGCUUCCAUAAGGUUUUGUUCUUUUGAGAAUGCUAAUCAAAACGUUUGGCAUAUUUUACAAGUUGAACCCAAUUCUCCAGCUGAACAAGCUGGACUCCAAUCUAAUUGUGACUAUAUCAUUGGAGCGGAUUCAACUUUACAAGAUUCAGAAGAUUUAUAUUUAUUGAUUGAAGCUCAUGACGGUAAACCAUUAAAACUAUUUGUAUACAAUUUGUUGACUGAUAAUGUUCGAGAUGUUAUAAUCACUCCAAACAGCCGUUGGGGAGGCGAAGGACUGCUUGGAUGUGGGAUUGGCUAUGGAUAUUUACAUCGAAUACCUUAUCAGCCUGCAAAUGAUCAAGAUUAUUCUGAAAAAGCACCAUUAUUGCAAGGUAGUCAACAAAGUCCAGUCGAACCAGAGCCUAAAAUAGACCAAGCAAGUGUAAUGCAACAACAACUCAAUCAAAUGUCUUCUCAAGCUGACUCAAAUCAUCCUCAAGACACUGCGAAAGAAUUUGAUGCGAAAUCAGCUACACCAUCAUCAGUAGCCACCUCGAUGACCAUCACAAGUAGUAUAAAUACUCCUACAUCAUUCUCGUCUGCUCCAUUGAUAACAACUUCAAAUAUUAGCUACCCUUAUAAUGCACUUCACGGCAUUGAGCCUCAAAAUGUAACAUCUAGUACUGUUUCAUCUUAUACAUCACCUGGUGCAAUCACAACUCCUAUUUCCCUUCCUGGAAUGCCACCACUAACAGUUAGUGCUCCUUUACCAUUUGAUCUAAAACUUACCAAUCCGAAUAUUAAUUUUGGUGGACUUCAAUCACAACAUAACCCACCGACAACUGAUUUUAUGAACAUGUCUCUAACUUCUUCUAUAGCUGAAUCUAAAUCACCUAUUUCAACAUCCUUAUCGAGUCCAAUAACUCACCCUACAAUGACUUACGCUUCUCUGCAUAAUGCAUCAUCGAGCUCAUUGGGUAACUUGGCCGCAAGUUACAUACAGUCUGACCAAACUGUCAAAUUGCCUCAACAGACCUCAAUGUUUCCUUUACCAAUGAAAAAUUCGACCAUUAAUUUCCCGACGCCUGAGACUACUGAAUCGUACUAUAAUUCAGCUUUUGUAUCCAACAGCAAUCCAUCAAGUCAAUCAACUUCAACUAGCUCCAGUAAUUUUAUUAAUUUUACUAGUUCGCCUAUUACAUCAGUACCACCAAGUGUUCAACAGCCGAAAAGUGAAACCUCAACUCUGACCACCAUUAAUUUGAAUCAAAGCAAAUCGGAAUUAUAAAUUAUGAAAUAAUUUUUACUUUUUUAUGGAUUAUAAACGAAAAUACGGUUUUAGAAUCAAUUAAAUUUAAAACUACUUUAAACUUAAAGUAAAUCAAGAAACUUUUCGUAAACAAUUAACAUCAAUGUUAUGUUUCAAAAUGAACUAAAUUAUCGUUUAUUUGCUAUAAUUGAAGCAUUCUAAAGAUAUAGAUUGAAUGAUUUGAAUUAUGCUUUUAAGAAUUAAAUUGCUCGAUUUCUUUAGAAAUUGAUUUUCUUAAAUCCA